UUCCAGAGGGGCACGGACGCCUGGGAGCCGGGCGGGCGGAGGGAGGCCCGGGGCGGGGCGCCUCCUGGGUCUUCGCACAGGCCUGGCGGCCCCUUCGACCCCAUCUGAGCACCCUAAUCGUUGUCUCUGGAUACCGGCGCCCUUCCCUCCGCCUGGGUGCAGCGUGGACCAGACCUGUGACCUGUCCCUGCCUUCCUAGAGGAGCCUCCUCGGGAACUUCCGUCCACCUGUCUCACAGAGGGGCCGUCCCCACCAGUCAGCCAGCCCCAGGAUGGGGGAGUUCAACGAGAAGACGACAUGCGGCACCGUGUGCCUGAAGUACCUGCUCUUCAUCUUCAACUGCUGCUUCUGGCUGGCUGGUCUGGCUGUCAUGGCGGUGGGCAUCUGGACGGUGGCCCUCAAGAGUGACUACAUCAGCUUGCUGGCCUCAGGUACCUACCUGGCCACAGCCUACAUCCUGGUGGUGGCUGGCGUUGUCGUCAUGGUGACCGGUGUCCUGGGCUGCUGCGCCACCUUCAAGGAACGGCGGAACCUGCUGCGCCUGUAUUUCAUCCUGCUCCUCCUCAUCUUUCUGCUGGAGAUCAUCGCUGGGAUCCUGGCCUACAUCUACUACCAGCAGCUGAACACAGAGCUCAAGGAGCACCUGAAGGACACCAUGACCAAGCGGUACCACCAGCCAGGACACGAGGGUGUGACCAGUGCCGUGGACAAGCUGCAACAGGAGUUCCGCUGCUGUGGCAGCAACAACUCCCACGACUGGAGGGACAGCGAGUGGGUCCGCUCAGGCCAGGCGGGUGGCCGAGUGGUUCCCGACAGCUGCUGCAAGACGGUGGUGACCGGCUGUGGGCGGCGGGACCACGCCUCCAACAUCUACAAGGUGGAGGGCGGCUGCAUCACCAAGCUGGAGACCUUCAUCCAGGAGCACCUGAGAGUCAUCGGGGCAGUGGGCAUCGGCAUCGCCUGCGUGCAGCUCUUCGGCAUGGUCUUCACCUGCUGCCUGUACAAGAGCCUGAAGCUGGAGCACUACUGAGCCCCGGGCACCGCCCCGAGAGCCACCGCUUUGCCGCCUCACUACUGAGCUGAUACCACUACUGACGGCCCCCAGGCCAGAGUCCCAGGACAGGACGCUGCUCCAGACCGCCCCCCCCAACUCUGCCAGGGAGGUGGUGUCCUCAUGUGCGCACCCCCAUGCCGCCACCCUGACCUCUGGGGACGCCCACCCUCAGAGGGAGCUUCAAGUGCCUUUCUUUCCGGCCAGCAGACUGAGGUGGGGGCCCUGCGGUGGGGGGGGGGCGCGGGGGGGGCAGGAAGAGACUGGGUUCUGACCCUACGUCCCUCUCUGCUCCUCCUGUGGGGUGGGGCCCUGGGGCGUCUCGGCCAGAGGGGCUGGUUGGAGGUGAACUGGGCAGAAAGGGGCUGGCCCCCCCAGGGUGCUCCCAGACCCCUGGACACACCUCCACGUGGUGGUCAGGGCAUUCCUGGGUGGGGACAGCUGCGGGCGAGGAGUCCCAGAUGCACCUGCCACAGGUCCCCCCACCCCACCCUGGAAAGGCAAACAGUAGGGGUCUGUCCCGCCGUCCUGUGCCCCUGCCCUCCCCAGUCAGGCCUCUGCUGCCCCUGAGCCCCAGCUUGGAUUCCCCACCACUCUCCCCACUGAAAGGCCACAAGUUCACGGCUACCUCCCCUUGGAGAAGCGGGGGUUGUGGUUUCACUCGCUGCUGUAUCACAAAUGCCCAGAACCGCUCCUGCCACGUGACAGGCGCUCAAUAAACGUUUGUGGAACGAG